AUGGUUACGUGGCACCUGCGUGGACUCGAAUUGUUCAAUGAGACAUACAAAUGUUCAACUGCAUCCAUGAAUUUAGUCAAUAAAGAUAUCGGAAAAACAAACAGUACGCAAGUAUUGACAGCGAACACUAGUCCAGCCUUCCAGAAAACUUCUCUACCGUCUACAACGACAACAAAUUUACCUGCCACGACACCAACAACUACUGCGUUAGGUACAAUUCCCAUAACUAUGGAAACAGUUGCAUCUGUUACAGACCCUUUAUUAAAAGCACCAGUUCAAAGUAUUAGUUUGAUAGCAGCAACGCCAAUGAUUAAAAAAGUGGAAAGUGAUUCUAAUUUGAAUAUCAUGUCGAAUAAUACUAGUAUACAAAUGGAAACUGAUAAUCAAUGUGAAAAAAGCUCUAUAAUUCGUUCCUCAUCAUUAUCUUCAAAUGAACCUUUAUAUACAAAAUUCUCAUCAACAUCAUCUGUACUUCGUCGUAUUACAUUGCCACUAGAGAUUACAACGGUUGAUCAAGCACCAGAAUCUAAUAGCUCUGAUAAUAGAAUAUCAAAGUCAACUAUAAAUAACCGUUGUGUUAUCAGUGAAUCAAAACCAGAGAAUGAUGACCAAUCAAUAGUGACAACAACUCCAAACGAUAUUUCGAAAACGAAACCGUGUACGACAACUCUGAAAAGAAAUAGUUUUCAACGAAGAAAUGUUGUGAUAGCCGAUACUCAGCCAACAACAACAGUAACACAAUCAAAUCAACGAGAAUUUGUUGCAACAGCAAAAUCAAAUCGUGUAGUGGUUACAGCCGACCCAUCAAUUAAAUCACGUAUAACAUCAAAUAAAUUUCUAGCUAGUCAACAGAAUAAUGAUGAACAAUUAAGAACAAACGUUGAUAGUGCGAAUAAUAGUGGAAAACAAUCUACCACGCCUCCAUUAAAUGUCAGUGAUGAAGACAGUGAUAUUGAUAUUGAUGAUUUAUUUAUACAAGAAAAUAAGAAACAAGGUGUCAACGUAAAACCUAUUCUUACUGACGCAUCGUUAGUUGAUAUAUCAUUUCCGUGUUCUGUACAAUCCAAUCGUUUUUCAUUUAUGACCAUGAAACAGCAACAGCCGUCAGAUACAACAAAUGAACAAAACAAAUCUAAACCAAUACGUCUGAAUCGUGAACGCUUAACGGCACCGUCGACUAAUCAGUCGACACCGUCAUCAUUAUCUUCUGCUAUAACUACACCUCAAUUAUCUGGUAUUACGACAAAUUUGAGUUCACCCUUGUCAAAUCAAGCACAUUUGGAAAAGAAAGAAUCAGCGGGUAUUUUAGGUUCAAAUCAACUACAAGAAACGAUUUUAAGUUCGCAAAAGCAAUCUAUUCAGAAUGAUCGCCAGAAGCAGACAUCAAAUGUUCAUCAACGAUCUAUUAUAUGUUCAUCAACGAGAAAUCCAAGUGCUGACAGCAUGUUGAUGAAAAAAAUUGACUCGACUAAUGAAACAAAUAAUAAUAAGACACAAAAAACUGAUUUUUCUACUGUGUGUUUUUCUCCUGUAUCUUCUUCUACGUCUGUAUCAGCUGCUUUGAAAGAUUCAAAUCAUCGCAAACGUCCAACUAUUCAAUCACCAACAGCUGCAAAACGCUUUGCUAAUGAAGUUACUCGUUUACCUCCUACCAUUGGUGAUCUUUGUCUCACUGAUCUUUCAUCAAGCUCAGAUACCGAUUCUAAUCGUCGAUAUCAUUUUCAUCAACAACAAAACAAUCGUCCUAAAUCACCAUCACAUCGUGCGACGAAACCAACAAUGAUGGAUACUUCGUCAGUAAAUCGCCCAAUGUCUUCAUUUGAUUGGAACAAGGAAACUUCUGACUUUAUUAAAAACUUACGAAAACCUUCACCAUCAGCUGUUACUACAAAUCGACCAAUAAUGAACCAUACAACUGUAAUCCGACCUUUAAUGCAGCGACCUCAUCUUCAGCAUUCGUUAGAAAAUGGAAAUAUAAGAGGACAACCAUGUGUUGCAGUUAAACGAUAUAAUAAUGACAAUUCGUUCAAACAACGUUCAUUAAUUAAUAAAAUAAAUGAUGUCAAACCUACUUUGCUUACUUCAUCUACUAUUAAUCAAUGUAUAAAACCAUUUGAUCCACCAACUGAAGUAUUAUCUACUAUGAAAAACGAAGAAGAAAAACAGACUACUCCGUUAUCUUUGUCAACAAAACAAAUUGAUUCUUCACCAACAAUUAACAACAACAACAAUGUUGAUUUGUCUUCUGUUCAGCCUACUGUUACCUCACAAGAACAGUCAGUACCCGUUCAGAUUAAUACUAACGACGUAAAAACAAUUACAAUGCCACAGCCAGUAGUGCAAUCCACAACAGUUGACGAUUUUGAUGGUUUAUUAUUAAAUGAUGUUGACUUUUUAGAUGAAGCAUUUCAGGCAGCUGACGAAUUACUUCUCUUGUACAAACCAAAUAUUUAA